CACACUUAUGCACACAACUGAUACUGAGGUUGGGUGAGCGGCAGAAGAGAAGAGACUCGGGACGGCCACAGGUUGCUCAGAGACACUCACACUCGGCGCACGCACAGACAGCCAGACCUAUGUGUGGAUCCUCUCAAGGCUUCAAAGCCACCUCAAAAAGAGAGCAUAGGAGCAUAGGAGCCCCCACUGCAGCAAUGUCGGGGGCACAAGAUGUAGAUACUUCAUGCUGGAGCGAGGCGGACUUUGAAGAGAAGUGCACUUACAUCGUGAAGGACCAACCGCUAGAAGAUGAGUCCCAGAACCGAAGCAGGACACGAGCUGAGAGGUCCCUACCCAGAAACCUUGCCCUGAAACGCUGCCGCAACUCAACAGAGGUGCUCGGGGUGACGAGUAAAGAGCUGAUUCCUCAGGGGACGCGUUUCGGCCCCUUUGUCGGGGAGCGGUACACAGAUGAAACCCUGCCAAAAGACACUGACAGGAAGUACUUUUGGAGGGUCUUCUUGGAGGGACAUUUACACCACAUCCUGGAUGGUUUGAAUGAGAACCAGAGCAACUGGAUGCGUUAUGUCAACCCAGCGCGCACAGUGGAGGAACAGAACCUGGUUGCAUGCCAGAGCGGCCUGGAAAUCUUCUUCUACACUACCAAACCCCUCCAGCCAGGCCGGGAGCUUCUAGUGUGGUACUGCUCUGAAUUCGCAGGGCGUUGUAACUACCCUCCACUGGGGCAACUGACUGUUGACAAAAAUGAUCAGAGUCGGGCCUACGAGAGGACAACAAGAAAGUUGGGACACAGUGUUUCUGAGAUUCUUCGAGAGGAGCCCUCCAAACCUCUGUCCGGCUGUCCCAAACUUCUGGAUAACCUUUCGUCUCAUUCCUAUGUCUCCGCUGUUUUGCCUUUGUGUCCCGGUGUCCACUAUCCAAUCCAGCCCUUCUCAGAAUCCAUCCACAGCCAUGGAUAUGUACCUCUGCCAUCUCUGCCAUCCUGCAACCCUCUUGCUGCCAAAAGGCUAGCACUAAGAAACCCCACCCCUACCAGUUUGCACUUCACUCUCCAGCACAGCCAAGGCCCUGCCAAAGCCAAAACUCACCAAGAGCCCUCUCUGCCUGAUCAUGUCCACUCUGCUCUUAGGCACAGUCCCUAUCCACUGCCUCACUACUCACUCGGCCUUCUACCUCAUUCAUACUCAUUCUACGGUGAUCGACUGAAAACUCACUUUACUGUCUCUUCUAAUGUCCUGCCUUUUGACAACUAUGCCCAGCUCCUGUGUCCUGGAGCAAGUAGCUGCAAAGACUUGACACAUGUGCCAUCCAAUUCCAAACGAGACCUCGUUCUUUCACCUUCCGGUGAGCACAAACACAGCAAGGACCUCAUAUCCCAAAGGACAAACUACCUCAGGAACCCUUCAAAUGACCUCAAAGAUUUUAGAAACUCUGCUUGCAGCAAUGUUCACAGAGACCUCCCGAUGCCUGCCAAGGCCAGUGCCUCACCCAUCAACACUGGCCUCCGCGGAGCACUGCCCUCUUACGGGGAAUGCUCACCACCAGUGGGCAUGGCCGCCUCUUCCAACCACCUGCCUUCAAAACCUACCUCCACCUCUCACAGUGAUAGUAUGGAUGCAAUGGACAUCAGGAGGACAAAGCGAGGUGGGCAGGUCAUUGGCUAUAAAACCCUGUCAUACCCUCUUACCAGAAAGAACGGAAAGAUCCGCUAUGAGUGCAACAUCUGUGGAAAGAUCUUCGGGCAGCUGUCUAACCUCAAGGUGCACCUGCGUGUGCACAGUGGUGAACGCCCUUUCAGGUGUCAGACCUGCAACAAGGACUUCACUCAGCUCGCACAUCUGCAAAAACACUACCUGGUUCACACAGGAGAGAAGCCCCAUGAGUGCAAGGUGUGCCAUAAGCGAUUCAGCAGCACCAGCAACUUGAAGACACACCAGCGGCUGCACUCAGGUGAGAGGCCUUACCAAUGCAAGCUCUGCCCAGCCCGGUUUACUCAGUUCAUCCACCUCAAGCUCCACAAACGCCUGCACACUGGGGAUCGACCUCACCGCUGUCCUCACUGCCCAUCUGCUUAUCUCCACUACUGCAGCCUGCAGGUGCAUCUCCAAGGCUUCUGCCCUCUGUCAACCCCAGCUUCAUGCAGACACUCACCAGAGGAGCUACAUCGGGUCAACUCUGAGAUAGAGAAGUUUGACAUGAGCAAUGCCGCGGAACAGCUGGAAGCCAUGGCCGCUGAGGUCGAAAUGGAUAAGGGGAAUGUUAUUGACCUGAUACAAAAGAUACAGACUCACGCCUGGGCCCUCCACAAUGCUGCCAGAGGGGAAACUGAACGAAGCAUUUACAGGUCAACGAAGCAGAGUUCUGGAGCUCAGUUGUAUCAUGACCGCCCCCUACUUCUGAAUCAAACAGCCAUCAAACUGGAGUCAGGUUGCAUUUCAGAGUCUUAAGACAGCCCUGGUAAUCCAACCAAAUAAUCCUUACAGGUCAACUCAACAGCUGUCUGUCAGUGCCCUAUUUGAAGUAAAGCCUUAUCUCAAUCAUGGAUUGCUUAGCCUAUGGUCUACUGGGACUUUAGCUUCAUAUGAGUCAAGACCGCAUAAGAAUAGGCUAGGAAAAUUGACUUGAUUGAUCCAAUUUCUACAUCUUUGUUAAUUUAUUCAGUUGCUUAACAGAUUUGAGAUAUUUUCUACAAUUUGUUUUGUGUCUCUGGAAUUUCUUAAUGAAAAAAAAAAAACAACUAAACAUGUGAUUAUGCAUAAUCAAUUUACCUGUAUCUGUGGUUUCACUGUGUGAGACUGAGUGUUCUUGUUUAUGUCAUUGUGUGUAUUUAUGUUCCUUGAUUAAAGUUACAGUGGCAGUAGA